AGCUAUAGCCUGCUAAGCGCUGCGCUCUUACUCUAUGUGUUUGUAGGUCAUAGGUCAAUAAGCCCCGGUCAAACUGAUACGUACACAACACACACACAACAUGGCUCUCGUAGGCAGGACGAAUUUACUGAGGAAAAGUUUAUGCUCAUGGGCACGGGCAUGUCAGCAUGGCAUGGCCAGUUCACUGGCACCACAGAUGCCUCCCUGUGACUUCAAACCAGAUGCCUACAAGGGUAUGGAGUUGUCUAAGGUGAAGCAGGUGAGGAGUGACAACCUUAACCCCGCCCUGUUCACCUAUUACAAGAAACCCCUGCUGGUUCACCAAGGACACAUGCAGUGGCUGUGGGAUGUGGACGGUACCCGUUACCUCGACCUGUUCGGAGGAAUCGUCACUGUUAGUGUCGGCCAUUGUCAUCCGACUGUGAGGAAGAGGGCUGAGGAACAGCUGGGGAAACUGUGGCACACAACCAAUAUCUACCUCCACCCAACCAUCCAUGAGUAUGCUGAGAAGCUCACGUCUACACUGCCAGGUAACCUCAAGGUGUGUUAUUUUACAAACAGUGGUUCUGAAGCCAACGACAUGGCAGUUCUCAUGUCAAGAAUGUACACAGGAUCUUACGACAUCCUGUCUCUCAGAAACUGUUACCAUGGUGCCAGUCCAUAUCUGAUGGGUCUGACCGCCCUGAACACCUGGCGUUAUAAUGUUCCCUCAGGGUUUGGCAUGCAACAGACAAUGAACCCUGACCCCUACCGAGGACCCUGGGGAGGAGCACGGUGUAGGGAUUCCCCCUGUCAGGUUCAGAGGUCAUGUGACUGUGCUGAGGGUCAGUGUGAAGCAGGUGACCGCUACCUUGAACAGCUGGAGGAUGUCCUGAGAUUCUCAAUGCCCAAAGGCAAAGUGGGGGCUUUCUUUGCAGAAUCCAUUCAGGGAGUUGGAGGGACUGUCCAGUUUCCUAAGAAUUUCCUGAAGCGAGCAUUUGAGAAAAUACGGGAACAUGGAGGUCUGUGUAUAUCUGACGAGGUUCAAACAGGCUUUGGAAGGACAGGAACUCACUUCUGGGGAUUUGAGGGACAUGACGUCGUACCAGAUAUAGUGACUAUGGCAAAGGGUAUGGGUAACGGAUUCCCAUUGGCUGCUGUGGUAACCACACCAGAGGUUGCCAACAGUAUGGGCAAAGCUCUCCACUUCAACACCUAUGGAGGCAAUCCUCUCUCCUGUGCUGUGGGAUCCUCAGUACUUGAUGUAAUCGAGGAGGAAGGGAUCCAGAACAACGCCCAUGUUGUCGGUACCUACUUCCUCUCAGAACUUGAGAAGUUACGUGAUGACUUUGAGAUUGUGGGAGAUGUUCGAGGAAAAGGUCUCAUGAUAGGUGUGGAGUUGGUACAGGACAAGGCAACGAAAACACCACUGCCUGCAGAGGACGUCAACAGUGUAUGGGAGGAUAUGAAGGAUAUGGGUGUCCUCAUUGGCAAGGGAGGGGUGUAUUCAACGGUGCUGAGAAUCAAACCGCCAAUGUGCCUUUCAAUGGAAGAUGCUAAGUUUUCAAUAGCUGUGUUCCGCCGAGCCCUGGAGAACUACACUGCCAAGUGAGGGGUUUAGAAUGUGUGAAACCUGCCAAACUCAUUGUUUUGUUAAAAACAUUUUAUACCCAAUUUUUAUAUUUGUAUUCUAAGAACCGCUAGUCAUAUUAUAUAUUGAUCAACAAAUGAUACUAUAAAAAACAUUUUUUUGCAAAGAGUGGUAAAUAUUGGCUCCUAAGUACAAUAUUUAUGUAUAUACUUACUAUGUGCAACAGUACAAUACUGUAUACAAGAUCCUUUUUGUAGGAGCAUUUUGCUUUUAAAUAUUCAUGAUGAUGUGAAUCUUAAAAUAAUCAGAAACAGGAAAAUGAAUUCUGAGCAAUUUUGCGUUUUCCACAUAAAUGCAAAUAUGUUUUGUGCUUUUCAACAUUAUUGCAGAAAUAUCAAUGUUCAAAAUCAAUGUACAUCGGAUUGGAUCAUCGUCUCUGUCACAGGUGUUUGAACUGAUUGACCCUCCCCCUAAAUUUGAAAAACAAUCAGACUUGAGGAAAGCAACUACUAAUACUUAUCUCAAUCUAUCAUGUAAUUAUAGUAGUCUUGCUCAGAUAAAAAAAGGGAUUGGGCAAGUCAAUUCAAGAACAGGUGGUUAUAUAUGUGUUGUCAGUAUUUUAAGUUUUUACUUUCAUAAAAGCAUUGCUCAAUAGAACUCUUGUCAAGGUCAUUAUCUAAUGUUUUCAAGGUCGUUAUCUAAUGUUGUCAAGGUCGUUAUCUAAUGCUGGUAAGGAUUUCAGUUUAAUUUAACGCGCGUUGUGAGCUUGGUUGGUCCAGCUGCUGGUCAGAAUUUGGGGUUCAAUCACACUGAUAUCCUUUUUAUGUCGUAGUCUUUAUGUUACAUUUUACCCAGUUAGGAUCUUCAAUUUUUGUACAUAUUUAGGAUUCUAGUGUCUGUAUAAUUAACAUUUAUUAUUAACCAUUACAGAUUACACCUACAUAGCCGUGACACAGGACAUCUACUGUACAUUUAAACUUUUACUAAACAGAUACAGUUUCAGUGUUGGCUACUUGUAUUCUAUGCAAAACCUGUUGUGAUUAAUUUCAAUUUUUUAUAUCUUGAAAAAACACCCAGUGUCAGUUAUUUCGGUUUUGAUUUUCAGUCAAGACAAUGCAAGCAUAGGUCUAUCUCAUUUAACAUUUCAAGAAUCUAAAUAAAAUAUCCAGCCAAUUUUCAAUGUUAAAAGUUUAUGUCAGUUAGUUCUGAAAAAUUGUUCUAUUUAAGGCUGCAUUAGUAUUGAUCAGUCAAUCACAGAUUUUGGUUUUCUCCGAGCCAAUAUAAAACCAUGUUACCUCGUGAAACGAUUGACAUAAAACAAUACCACUGCAGUAUAUGGCAGGCCGUUUUAGCAUUUGAUCAUCAUGAAGUAUGUGUGCUAGGUCAUGUGUCUGUAGUUUGACAAAGGUGUAAGUUUGUUCUGAAAUGUAGCUUUGUUUGUGAAAUUGUAACAUAUCACAUGAAUAUGUUAAAUUUGCUAGAAAUUUUAUAUUGCGAUGUUACUGGAUUACAUGUUAUAGUGCUUUAAGGAUAAACUUUCUAUUUUGGUGAGGUCAUGAAAUGAUGAACGAAGUUUUAAAUAACCAAUCAAAUUCUCAGAACAGGUGAGACAAUCUACAUUUUGCUAGACUUAUGUUGUCAUCUUAUCAACUUGCCAAAAUAGAAUGUAAUUGUUUUUUUACAGCAACUUUGCUAUGACAUGUUCACAGAUAUGUAUGAAAUAGUUUGACCAGUGGAUGGAUAUUUCAUCAUAAAGAUAUAUUAAUGUGUACAUUUGGUACAAUACAACCUGAAUGUUACAUACAUAUAGGUUUACCCUGCACACACUUGCUGUGCUCACCAUUGUAUCUCAUCAACAAAAAACAUAAAAAAAAAUCAAUUGUUAUUAAUUUGUCCACAUGUUUUGUGGUAGAGAUCAGUCAGACAUGUACACUUGUCAAAUUCUCUGGUAGAAUUUAGGGAUAUCUCCUUUUAAUUGGAACACUGGUUUUUCUAGUGCGGAGCGUAAUGUAAAUAAAUAACUUUAUUGUAAUACACCUUUAUAAUAACUUUAUUGGUAUACACCUUACAUACACAUGUAUCAUUUUAAUGUAUACACCUUAUAUAGUUAUAUGCACUGAAACUAGACCAACAGUCGCCUUAUCUGAAUAUUUCAAUCCAUUUUGAGGUUGCUAAAAACAGGUUCCCUUGUAUUAUAUGCUUAUACACCUUAUAAACAUUGAAAACUGAUUUUACUGAUACACUGCCUUGUCCAACGGAAUUUUGUAGCCAUUUUAAAGAGUUAAGAGAAGUUUCUUUGUAGUAUUUAUGUUAUACACCUUGUAUAUAUAUAUUGAAACCUGAUUUUACACAUGACUGUAUGUCGACAGAAUGUUUAAGUUCCUAUGUUGAUGUGUAAUAAUGCUUUACACCUUAAAUUAAUAGGAUUAUGCAUCCUAAUUUUAUGAUAAUAUUAUGAUUAUGCACAAUGGAACUUGACUUAACCAACACUCUGUUUUGUCUGACUGAAUGAUUUGGUCCUUUUUGAGGUCGGUAAAUCAGGUUUUCGUUGAAGUACAUGUUGUGUACCUUGCAUAUAUACAUUGAAAAUCUGAAUAACCUGAGGUACUGUCUUGUCCAACCCAAUUAUUGUGUCCCUUUGAAGUUGGUAAAGUUUGGUUUCGUUGCAGUAGUAUUUAAAAUUUUACACCUUAUGCAAUUAACAAUUAUUAUAUACAUUGAAACCGGUUUUCACUGGCUGAAAAAAUUCAGUCUAUUUUGCGGUCAGUAGAAAAAGGUUUUAUUGUUAUACCAGGUACAUGUAUUACCAAUGAUAAACACAUUACUUAUCUAUAUUUAGUGGAAUUUUUAUUGUCUGACUGAAUGAUAUAGUCCCUCUGUUAAUACUUUUUACCUUAUAGUGUAAUUAGGACAACAGUUAUAUUAUUUUGUAGUGUUAAUAAUCUAGUGUACAAUAUAAAUCUUUUCCAUAGAGUAGCAUUAUAAAGUCAUUGGGUGUUCAAUGUAAUACUGGUAGGAGAAACAGAAAUGCAUAGCCAGACCGGGAUUCGAACCAGGGACCCUCCAAACUCUAGACGGACGCUCUACUCAUUGAAUUACCAGGUCACCGGUGAUCGACAAAGUCCCGUUCCGCUACAUUUCAUUAACAACAGUAACCAAACAUGGGAAAGAUUGAAAAAUUUGAUUUACUUUCGCUGCCUGCAUUGAAGCCAGUUAAGUAAUGUCUCUCUAUAUAUCCUGGAGGGAGACGAGAGGAAAGAUUUUUCUUGCACAUGUUUUACUUUUAAAAUCAAGAAGCAUGAUCUUCAUCUUACUUUUUUUUUACUCCACAAUAAUUCAUUGCACAUAACUACAUGCUAUUUUACACAAUUGGUUUUGUCAAAUAGGUGUUAUUGUAUGUAACUAUUUUGGCUAAUUACUAAUUAAUAUUUUGCCUAAUGGAUUCUCCCCAUGAAUUAAGUGAUAGAUGCAGGUUUACAAGUCUGGUGUCAAUAAAUUUGUAUUCAAGAUGGUGCUAAACAUAAUAUUCUAACAGUGUUCAGAGGAUAACCAUCAGCAGCGAUGCUGUAAUCAACCCGAGUGGCAAGUGGUAUAGUUAGAAACACAAAUAAAAUGAAAACGUAAUGGAAGGGUGGUUUAUGAAAAUACAAUAGUACUAUUCUGUCUUUGCGUAUUGCAGAGUUAUCUUCUCUUGGGAGCAGGUAUUGAUUGUUACGUCAUUGGUCUGUG